CCUCGUCCCCUAUAUAUCCGCACGGACGGGCGCCGCGACACUGUGCGCUCUCCGAAGCCCGCCGACCCACCCGCAGACGCGUGCGCUCGUCGUCGCCUUGGCGACUACUAGUAGUAGUAUAGCUGCCGCGUCUUCUCCUCCUGCCGGCCGGGCGGCCGUGAUCAUCAUGACCUUCCCGUUGGUGUGCUACUGCGACGCGGUGCCGCGGCCGGUGGCCGCCCUGUUCAAGCUCCUCCACGCCGUGGCGCUCAUGUUCGUGCUGGUACUCUGCUUCCUCGGCCUCUACGAGUUCCCCUACAACCCGGAGGACCACGCGCCGCUCAUCAACGGCCGGCGCCGGCCCCCGCGGGACGCCCCGCUGCCGGAGGCGGUCAAGCGGCGCCUCCCGCCCGUUGGGUUCCUCGAGCUCAGCCUCGCGCCGGCGGCCGUGGCGCGCCGCGGCGAGGACGACGAGGAGGCAUCGUCGUCGUCGUCGCCGCCGUCGGGGGAGCCGGCGACUUGCCGGGUGUGCCUCGAGCGGCUGGAGGCGACGGACGAGGUGCGGCGGCUGGGCAACUGCGCCCACGCGUUCCACACGCGCUGCAUCGACCGCUGGAUCGACAUGGGCGAGGUGACGUGCCCGCUGUGCCGCUCCAACCUGCUGCCGCGCCGCCGCGCCGGCCUACUUGGCAUUGGCAGGGCACGGUACGGCUGAUCGUACCACAUGCCCGUGCGUGCUUGGGUUCGGCCGGUGGCCCUGGCGCUGGAUGAGGGACGGGCCAACCGCGAACUGAUUGCGAUUAGGACGACUAACCACUGCACUGGUGCCAAUGGACGGGAGCACGCCAAAUUAAUUGGAGGUUGGCAUAAAGUGUACCUGAUGGAACUCAUUUGUAGCGAUAGAUCGAUUGCGUUGGGUUGGGUGCCUGCUUUCGACGGGCAAAUUGAAGCCCUUGAAUUAUCAAACAAGCUUACACUGUUUUGGCUUCUUGGGUGCAAAUUGUCUCCGUGCAGCUUUCAGCUUUGGUGCCUAGUGUGCAGCGUUCAGCCUCCCCGGCCCGUGGAUCGUGUGGUUAUUUAACCAUACUUAAUUUACUGAUUGCAUGUUGAUAUGGAUUUAGUACCUCUAUGUAAAGUUAAUAUAUUAAACUACUACUUAUAGUUC